CUCAGCUCGCCCGGCUUCCCCAGAGCGGCGGCCCUAGAUGUCGGGGCGAGCGUGAACCCCGUUGCUCCCUGAUUGGGGGUGGGGCCGGGGGCAUAUUUCUCAUUAUUCCCGAGCCCAGGCCACCUGCCCUGGGGAACCCGGCGGGCCCAAAUUCCUCAAUUUCACACGAGCCCGGGGGCUGAUUGUAGGCCUCACAGUCGCCGGAGGGUGGUCUCCGUACAAAGUGUCUGAAUCAGGAACAGUUUAGGGACAAUUAAAUAACUUGCUCUGGAACAUUAGCAGGCUUAGGUUUGGGGCCCAAGAAGGGAACUUUAGUCAUUUAGAUCUGCGAUGCAGAAAGCAAACAAGCAAGAACAAACAUGGAUCUGCAAAACUCUACACAAGAUCCUGAGACAACAGAAGAUAAUUCUCCCGUCUAUGUUGGCAAAGAAGACGACCUUAAAAAAUCUCAGAGAAUGACAGCUGUAGUCCAUGACAGAGAAGUUGUCAUUUUUUAUCACAAAGGAGAAUAUCAUGCUAUGGAUAUUCGCUGUUACCAUUCAGGAGGACCUUUACAUUUGGGAGAAAUAGAGGAUUUUGAUGGUCGGGCAUGUAUUGUUUGCCCCUGGCAUAAAUACAAAAUUACUUUAUCAACAGGAGAAGGACUGUAUCAAUCUAUAAACCCUAAAGAUUCAUCAGCAGUACCCAAAUGGUGUUCCAAAGGAGUAAAACAAAGGAUCCAUACUGUGACUGUGAAAAAUGGGCAUAUUUAUGUGACUCUUUCUAAGGCUUCAGAUUUUAAGUGUGAUUCUGAUUUCUAUGCCACUGGACAGUUUAAAGUAAUUCAAAGACCUUCUACUCUGAAGAAAGUUCCUGAUUUUAAAAAUACAUGACAACAGUGAAACAAAAUAUUUCAUAUAUGUGGAAAGAAGUAUUUUUAGGAAAUUCUAUACAACAGGCAAUAAAUAGAAUUAACCUGGUAUAAAUGUAUCUUUUUUUUUUUAAAUCAACAAAAUGAUAACUCAGGGAAGCAUAAACAGGAAUGUAGUAUGAAACAAAAUCUGAUACAUUUUUCCUAUCAGAAUAUUCAUUGAUAUAACCUUGCUUAAAAAACAAAAAACAGAACAAAACAAAACAAAACAAAACAAAAAAAACCCUGGCUAUAUGCUCCUCAUUCAGUGUGAAUGUCAUUUCAUAGAAAAAAAUAAUGAGGCUUAAGGAAGUUUUAUAUAAGCCACACAAGCAUUAAGUAACAAGAGUCAGGAUUUGAACCCAGGUCUUCUGAUUCCAGUUCCUGAGGACCAGAGUUCAAAUCUUGACUGUCCAAAGCUUUAAGCUAUCCAAAUAUUGUUAUAGCUACAAUUCCAGAGAUCUUGGCCAGGAGUCAAUGAAGCCUAUGUUUUUGAGGAUGUGGCCCAAUUAGUUGUCAGUGAACUUUGUUUUUGAGCAAUUCAUGAAAAUACCCAAUAAUUUUCGUCAUUCCUGCCCCCACCAUGAGGGUCUAGCCUCCCCAGGUGAAUGCUUGCCACAAUUUGGAAAGCUCUGUCCUAAGUGGAUACAACUAGAAAUCUUUCCCUAGGUUAAGUUGCAAAUCAUAAUUGAUAAAUAAGGUGCAUAUCUUAGUGGAUCUGCUUUCUCCUUUCCUGCUUACCUAUUAAUUAUUCUAUCAAGGAAAAAUAUAUCACUAUGUAUACGCUCACCCCAUCAGUGAUGAAAAAAGAAAGGCUUUGUACAUAAAAAGACCCCACAAAAAGUCAUUAAAAUAGAAUUUUACACUUGUAACUUUCUUAUAAUAGUGAUGAAGAGCACAUUUGCUCUCUGUUGUUUCCUCAUUUUUUCCCCUAAGACUGGGCAAUAGAUAAAUUGUUUUUCAGUGUUAGUGGGGCCAGUUUUCCCUACUGGGAAGCUUUUAUGAAGAUUUUGGAAGAGAUGGUUGAUUUGUAUGAAAUAUUAUAUAAAACCUCAAUUUUCUAUAUAAAUACCCAUGUUGUCA